AUGACGACCGCCGUUGCAAAUGGGGGAGGCCCUGCCCCCGUGAUCACUGCACAGGAGACGAGGCACUCGGGCAAGACGAGCAAGUCGCGGACGACCAUACCUGCUUCGACAGGAAAUUGGGUGCUGGGAAAGACAAUUGGUGCGGGGAGCAUGGGCAAGGUGAAAUUGGCUCGCAGAAUUGAGGGCGGAGAACAGGUUGCCGUCAAAAUUGUCCCACGAGGGUCGACCGACGAUAAUCAUAAUCAGAGCCGUGCCGAUCGAGAGCGCGCCGACCAUUCUAAGGAAGUGCGAACCGCAAGAGAAGCAGCCAUUGUGACUCUUCUGGAUCACCCAUACAUCUGCGGGAUGCGAGACGUGGUGCGCACCACCUACCAUUGGUAUAUGCUCUUUGAGUAUGUGAAUGGUGGUCAGAUGCUCGAUUAUAUCAUUUCACAUGGACGGUUGAAAGAGAAGCAGGCUAGGAAGUUCAGCAGACAGAUUGCCAGCGCGUUGGAUUACUGCCAUCGAAACAGCAUUGUGCAUCGAGACCUUAAGAUUGAGAAUAUCCUGAUCAGCAAAACAGGGGAUAUCAAGAUUAUCGAUUUCGGCUUGAGCAAUCUAUUUGCACCCAGAAAUCAUCUCAAGACCUUCUGCGGUAGUUUAUACUUCGCUGCUCCUGAAUUACUCCAAGCCAAGGCGUAUACGGGACCAGAGGUUGAUGUCUGGAGUUUUGGGAUUGUGCUCUACGUGUUAGUAUGCGGGAAAGUACCUUUCGAUGAUCAAAGUAUGCCAGCCUUGCAUGCGAAGAUCAAGAAAGGAAUCGUGGAUUAUCCCAACUGGCUUUCACCCGGCAAUACUGACAUUUGCUUACAUGUCAUAGAAUGCAAGGGCCUCAUUUCCCGAAUGCUUGUGACCGAUCCCAAACAGCGUGCGAGUCUGCAGGAGAUCAUGAACCAUCCUUGGAUGGUCAAAGGAUUUGGCGGACCUCCUGAGAACUAUCUACCUGUCCGAGAACCACUCCAACUUCCUCUCGACCCAACCGUUGUCCAAGCCAUGACAGGCUUCGAUUUUGGACCUCCCGAAGUGAUACAAGCACAAUUGACUGAGGUUCUCGAGUCGCAAGAGUAUCAGAGAGCUGUAAGACUGGCGAUGCACGAACGCGAGAAUCAAGGACCACCUAGGGAUCCCGAGAAGAAGAGAGGUUUUGGUUUUGAUUUCUACAAAAGGAGAAACUCAUCUAACAGUCGCGACACACUCACAGCUCCAAGUGCUGAAGGAUUAGCAUUAGGAAGUGAUCCGACGAACGCCUUUCAUCCACUCAUCUCAGUCUACUAUCUUGUUCGAGAAAAGCAAGAUCGUGAUCGCUUAGCAGCAAACCCAGGAGCUACAAGCAUGCCUCGGUCACCAGGAGAAGCACCUUUACAGAUUCCACAGGUUCCAGAUAUACCAGCGCCUAAGGCCGCCCAUACCAACUCUGCAGCUUAUGAGAUGCCAGGUGAGAAGGCUACUGGAGGCAGAUCUAGACCGCGAGCUCGUACACACGGCGAGGAUGAAGUAACUGAGGGUAUGAAAAACGUCAAAGUUGGAUCAGGCGGUCCUACUUCCCCAGCGAUCAUUGAACCACCUCCCACCGAGCAACAGCAUAUCCGCAAAGAGAGCACCGCUGCCGGUAUUUUGAGACGAUUCAGCACUAGGCGGCGCAAGGAUCCAUCAGAGAGAUCACACCCACCUCCUGUCACUGUGCAAACCCCCCAGGAGCACAAUACCCUCAGGAAGAGCUUCAGCGUACGAAGAACGCGUGAGCGUGAUAACGAUGGCCCACCUUCAUCUCUACUCCGUUCAGGAAGUAGUCAACCUCAACAUAGCGAUCUACUAUCACCACCAAGGUCCGCAGACAACAAUGCCCGUAGCAACAAGGGCUUGGGCCGUUCUACGAGUGUCAACUCUGCAGAAUUCCGUAGAAAGGAGAAUCGUCGAGGUGCUUCGGAAGCUCUUCCUCCUCGUGUGACCUACAAAGAACCACCACCUACUAGCGGCUCAGAUCAUUCUACUGUUAAUGAAAAGUCUUCUCGCGAUGGAGAGAAGGUGGGCGAGCAACAGAAAACUCACCUGAAUCCCAGAUCUGCUGCGAUGAGAGCAAAGUCACUUGGUCACGCUCGAAGAGAAAGCAUUCAAGCAAGACGUGCGAAGAGGGAGGAAGCGCGUGAAGCCAACGUACCAGAAGAGACUGAUGGAGAAUUGGGAGAUGCAAGCGGGCUGUCUAAUGAACGAGUUGAUAAUGCUGAUAUUGCGAAGCCUGUCUUCCUCAAGGGCUUAUUCAGCGUUUCGACGACAUCCACCAAACCAGUGAGUGUCAUCCGGAACGACAUAAUGAGAGUCCUAAAGCAAUUGGGCGUUGAAUACACGGAAAUAAAAGGCGGCUUUAGCUGCCGACACACACCAUCCAUCGAUCUGAAGAAGGUUGUCGAUCUUCCUCCCAGCAGCCACGGUAACCAGACACCUGGUCAUCGUAGGCGCAUCAGCUUUGGAGGUUUCAUGAGUGGAAAUAAUACGGAUAGAGAGCGGGAAGACUUCCGAGAGGCUGAAAGAUCGCCACACACCCCAAGAACUCCCGCAAGACCACGAGGAGACACAAGCUAUACGAAUUCAGACGCAUCGGAUGAGAGUGUCAAUGGCCAUCAUCGUGGCUCUUCCGCACGAGCUGUUGGUGAGACAAGCACACACGUGCAAAGCGAUCUUGGCGGAAGCAUGAUCCUCGAAUUCGAAAUUUUCAUUGUCAAAGUUCCGCUUCUGUCACUCCAUGGCAUCCAAUUCAAGAGACUGGCCGGAGGCACUUGGCAAUACAAGAACAUGGCGGAUCAAAUAUUGAGAGAGCUUAGACUCUAG